AAGCUAGUCUGUGUAGCAAUAUUCACAAACUAACUGAUAAAUGAUACUGUUUAACUUUAAACUGUUUAUUGUAAGUUUUAUUUUAUCAAUUUGAAUUUAUUUUAGUACCUAUAUCAUAAGCAUCUUUUUCUUAGUGCUAUUUGACAAUUAGCAUAGAAACAUUGUGAAGAAAUGGCUUCAGGACUAGAAAAUUAUGUGAACCAAACUGUUUCAGUGAUAACCUCAGACGGCCGAAACUUCAUCGGUACUCUGAAGGGAUUUGAUCAAACGAUAAAUAUAAUUUUGGAUGAAUCACAUGAGAGAGUGUUCUCUUCGUCAACUGGAGUGGCGCAAGUGGUACUAGGACUUCACAUAAUUAGAGGAGAUAAUAUAGCAGUGGUUGGUCAAAUAGAUGAAUCAAUAGACAGCAGACUAGACCUCGGAAACAUCAAAGCAGAGCCUUUAGGACCUAUUGUACAUUAAUAUUUAUUGGAUAAGGCUGAGUAAUA